CGACCCCUAGACCGGGAAAAGCGAAACGCGCCUGAGCAUGCGCCCUGCCGCUGCCCUGCUUGGGCGUCAGGUCUCUACUGCGCAUGCUCCUCCCGGGACUGCUGGUCGCGCGCUGCUAGCGGUUUCAAUAUGGCAGCGCCCGUCACCUGAGUCGUGGGGCACGCGCGCGUUCCUGUGUUGCUGAUACAAUGAGAAAUUUGAAGUUACUGCACACUCGAGAGCAUGGGCCUGUCCAGGUUUUGGGGAGUCCUCAGUGUUUCUGCCUCCGUGCAGACCAAGGGACACUGCUCAUUGGCUCAGAAUAUGGGAUCCUGGAGCUCGACCCAGCCAUUCGAGGGGUGACGAAUGACAUUUCCUUGACUGUGGGUGGUUUUCUGCCAGAAGAUGGAAGUGGCCACAUUGUGGGCAUUGAAGAUCUGCCAGAUCAGGAGUGUGUGUGUGUUGCUACGGCAGCUGGAGAUGUUCUACUGUGCAACCUCAGCGCAAAGCAGCUCGAAUGUGUUGGGAGUGUGGACAGUGGUCUGACCACCAUGAGCUGGAGUCCUGACCAGGAACUUGUCCUGCUGGUUACAGGUCAGCAAACUCUUAUAAUGAUGACAAAGGACUUUGAACCAAUUACUGAAAGGGAGAUCCAUCAGGAUGACUUUGGGGAAGGAAAGUUCAUCACUGUUGGUUGGGGUAAAAAGGAGACACAGUUCCAUGGAUCAGAGGGCAAACAGGCAGCUCAUCGCAAGCAAAUGGAAGUGCCACCUGCUUCAUCCUCUGAUGAUGGCCGACCCCGAGUCACCUGGAGAGGAGAUGGGCAGUUUGUAGCAGUGAGCGCUAUUUGUCCACAGACAGGGGCCCGGAAGGUCAGAGUAUGGAGCAGAGAGCUGGUCUUACAGUCGACAAGUGAGCCUAUCCCAGGACUAGAACAAGCACUGGCCUGGAAGCCCUCUGGAAGCUUGAUAGCCUCCACACAGGAGAAGCCCAACAAACAUGAUGUUGUCUUCUUUGAGAAAAAUGGUCUCCUUCAUGGGGAAUUCACCCUCCCGUUUCAGAAAGGCCAAGCCAAGGUUAACGAGCUGCUUUGGAACUUAGACUCUACGAUCCUGGCAGUUUGGUUGGAAGAUCUUAAGAAAGAAAAGAACUCCGAGACAAACACCUAUGUUCAGCUCUGGACAGUAGGGAACUAUCACUGGUAUCUGAAGCAGAGCCUGCAUUUUGGCAGCGCUGAGAAAAGCCGGCUUGUGUCACUGCUAUGGGACCCUGAGAUCCCAUAUCGACUGCACGCUCUCUGCAGAGGAUGGCACGCCCUCUGCUAUGACUGGCACUGGAGCACCGACUGCAGCACUGGGGACGAGAGCCACCUUGUGGCCAACGUGGCCGUUAUCGAUGGAGAUAAGGUGCUGGUAACGGCCUUCCAGCAUUCUGUGGUGCCUCCGCCCAUGUGUACCUUCCAGCUCCAGCUCCAGCAGGCGGUGAACCAGGUCGCAUUCCACACAGACCCCACAAAGAGUGCAGACCUUGCUGUCCUCGAUGCCAGCAACAGGAUCUCCGUUUACAGAGUUGGUGGCGGCACAGUGAAAGACCCCACUGUUACAUUGGGAGGAAGUGGAUUUAAAGCUUCUGUGGAAACACCUCAUCUGGAAAAAACCUACAGAGUCGAGGUGUGCUGCGGCGAGGGCAAGCAGGUGAAUCCUCUGGCGUUCCGGCUUUUCACCUGGCUGCAGGAUGACACCUUCUUGGCAGUCAGCCAGGGGCAGCUUGCCACGCACUCUGUCAUCCACCAUCUGACUGGAGGUCCUGAGGCAGAGGGAGGGUGCCUACAUCUCCGUUUGUCUAUGCCUGUGGAUGGGGAUGUGAUCAGCCUGUGCUGUAAUCCGAAGACCAGAGCAAUAGCUCUGCAGCUGGCUGAUGGGCAGAUACUGAAGUACCUCUGGGAGGCUCCCACUCCAGCCCUCGAACCUUGGAGGAGCAGCACUGGCUCUGCUGUUCGGUUCCCUUCUCCUUGUGUGCAGACUGCGCUGGCCAUGAUUGGUGGAGAAGAAGCCAUCCUGGGUCUGACUGAUAGAUGCCGUUUUUUCAUAAAUGAUGUGGAGGUGGCUUCCAACGUUACCUCAUUUGCCAGAUAUGAUGAGUUUCUGCUGGUGACCACCCACUCCCACACCUGCCAGUGUGUAUCUUUGAGGGACACAUCGUUGAAAGUUCUGCAGGCAGGCUUCAGCAGCUUCUCUACUCCCAACGAGACACUACGCAAGGUGGAGCGGGGCUCCCGCAUCGUCACCGUUGUACCCCAGGACACCAAGCUCAUCCUGCAGAUGCCAAGAGGAAACUUGGAGACUGUUCACCACCGAGCCCUCGUUCUGGCCCAGAUUCGGAAGUGGCUGGACAGGCUCAUGUUUAAAGAAGCAUUUGAAUGUAUGAGGAAGCUGAGAAUCAACCUCAACCUUCUUUAUGAUCACAAUCCCAAGGUUUUUCUGGAAAAUGUGGAAACCUUCAUAAAACAAAUAGAUUCUGUGAAUUACAUCAACUUAUUUUUCACCGAGUUGAAAGAAGAAGACUUCACAAAGACUAUGUACCCAUCUCCAGUUAGCAGCAAUGUCCAGCUACAACAGUGUUCUGAUCAGAAAAAAGUAGACCUUAUCUGUGAUGCAAUGAGAGCUGCCAUGGAAAACAUCAAUCCACAAAAAUACUGUCUUUCAAUACUGACAUCCCAUGUGAAGAAAAGCACCCCAGAACUGGAAAUUGCCCUUCAAAAAGUGCACGAGCUGCGAGAGACUGUUUCACCAGCAGCUGAGGGGGUGACUGCAGAAGCAGCGUUGAAGUAUCUACUCUUCCUGGUUGACGUCAAUGAACUGUACGAUCACUCCCUGGGCACAUACGACUUUGAUUUGGUUGUCAUGGUGGCAGAGAAGUCUCAGAAGGACCCUAAGGAGUACCUACCAUUCUUAAACACCCUCCAGAAAAUGGAAACCAACUAUCAACACUACACUAUAGACAAAUACCUGAAAAGAUACAAGAAGGCACUCUGCCACCUCAGCAAAUGUGGUACAGAGCACUUCUCUGAAUUUCUGAACUUGGUGAAGGAUCAGAAUUUGUAUAACGAAGCCCUGAAGUUGUAUCCCCCUGAUACUCCAGAACACAAGGCUGUCGGCAGUGCCUUUGGCGAGCACUUGAACCAGAAGCAUCUGUAUGAGCAGGCUGGACUGAUCUUUGCCCGCUGCGGUGCAUUUGAGAGAGCCCUCGAUGCCUUUCUGAGCAGUGGUAGCUGGCAGCAGGCCCUCUGCAUGGCCUCUCGGCUUGGUUACACGGUGGAUCAGCUGGCUAGUCUUGCAAGGAGCCUGGCAGGAAAACUAAUUGAACAGAGAAAACAUGCUGAGGCAGCCAUACUCCUGGAGCAAUAUGCACAGGACUACGAAGAGGCUGUGCUCCUGCUCUUGGAAGGGACCGUCUGGGAAGAAGCCUUAAGACUAAUUCACAAGUACAGCAGACUAGACAUUCUGGAGACCAACUUCAAACCUGCUAUCCUAGAAGCUCAGAGAAAUUAUUUGGUGUUUCUGGAUUCUCAGAAAACAACGUUCACUCGCCACAGAAAGCGCCUCCUGGUGGUUCGAGAGCUGAAGGAGCAAGCCCGCCAAGGGCUACUGGACAAUGAGACACCCAACUGUCUGGAGGCAGACUUUAUUUCCGAAACCAGCAGCAUCGUGACAGCCAGUGACAUGAGUGGCAAAUACUCGCACAGUAACUCGAGGAUAUCUGCCCGAUCCUCCAAGAACCGUCGCAAGGCAGAGCGCAAGCGGCACAGUCUGAAGGAAGGGAGCCCUCUGGAGGACCUGGCCCUUCUAGAGGCCUUGGGAGAAAAUAUCCGCACUACUGAGAACAUGAAGGGUGAAGUGCACAGCUUAUUAAAGGGGCUUGUGCUCUUUGGCUACGAUGAACUGGCCAGGGAGCUGCAGCAGGCCCUGGAAGAGGCUUUGCAGUUGAUAGAGAGGUCACUCCCGGAAAUCUGGACCAGAGACCUGCAACAGAAUCCUGCUAACCCAGUCCUGGGCCCCAAUUCAACUGCAAAUAGCAUUAUGGCCGCCUAUCAACAGCAAAGAAUUGCAGCUCCUGCAGUACAAGAUGCAGAACUUCUUAUUCCUCCAAAACUCAAUAAAAACAUCCAGUGGAAACUGAAUCUCUUACAGUAACCUGAGGCCAAGAAAUCCUGCUGGACACUCAACUGUAGUUUAUUGUAAGCUCAUUAUGUCCCCUUUAUUUUGUUCUUUCUCUCUCUCACGCGCACACACACUUUAACGAACAAGAGAGGUAGUCCCCAUAGAGAAGCCCUUACUGGUGCUGUCUGAGUUGAACAUCUGCCAACUCUCUUCCUCUGUCCUUUGGCAGCUCUGGUGCAUUGUCCCGAAGACAGUUUCCAAGCCAGCCUUCCUGGCUGCAGUACAUCACUGCUGCCAUGACAUUUCAGUCAUUUUAAAUAGCCCGGUUUUACCCUUUGGAUCCUGUAUCCCUCAUAGUCCAGCUCAUGCAUUUUUUAAGAAUGUUAAACAGAGCAACAGUCUCCCUGGUGCCCUGAGCUUUGUUUAACUGUGGAAAGUUAGAUGGCUGUUACACGACAUUAGCCAAAUUCUGUCGUGUUACACCAGAGUCAGUCUCAAUCUCAGGUCACACCACUGACUGCAGUAGAGCUACUGAACUCUACGCAACUAGGUCCUCAGCGCAUCUUUGCCAGUUUACACCAGCAGCAAAUAUGGUCCUAGGCUUACACUGCUGUACAGUAGAGCAGACUAUGGCACAUGGUGAUUAUUGUACACAACUUCUCCUCUUACCAAAACAUAGCCUAAUAAAGGUGAUAUUGCUUCAACUGUA